AUGCCCUCUGCAGCGCCCGUCAGCGGCACCACGCCCAGCCAGGCGGCCACGUCAGGGGACAGCCUCUCUGCCAACGACAACAUCCGUCGUUUCGCAGCCCCCAGCCGGCCCAUGAGCCCGCCCGCUGCUCACACGCUCUUCCAUCCCAAGACACGAUGCUUUGUCUACGGACUGCAGCCCCGUGCUGUGCAAGGCAUGCUCGACUUCGACUUCAUCUGCAAGCGCAAGCAGCCCUCGGUUGCGGGUAUCAUCUACACAUUCGGCGGCCAAUUCGUCAGCAAAAUGUACUGGGGAACCAGCGAAACCCUGCUGCCCGUGUACCAGACUGUCGAGAAGGCUGUUGCCAAGCACGCCGAUGUCGACACUGUGGUCAACUUCGCCUCGUCUCGCUCCGUGUUCCAGUCGACCAUGGAGCUGAUGGAAUUCCCCCAAAUCAAGUGCAUCGCCAUCAUUGCCGAAGGUGUUCCUGAGCGACGCGCACGCGAGAUCCUGCACGUCGCCCAGAAGAAGGGCGUCACCAUCAUUGGCCCCGCCACGGUCGGUGGCAUCAAGCCCGGCGCGUUCAAGAUUGGCAACACGGGUGGUAUGAUGGACAACAUUGUCGCCUCCAAGCUCUACCGUCCUGGUUCCGUCUCGUACGUUUCCAAGUCGGGAGGCAUGUCCAACGAGCUCAACAACAUCAUCGCAAAUACGACAGACGGUGUGCUUGAGGGUGUGGCCAUUGGUGGUGACAGAUACCCCGGUACCACAUUCAUUGACCACGUACUCCGCUACCAGGCCGAUCCCGACUGCAAGUGCAUUGUCUUGCUCGGUGAGGUGGGCGGUGUGGAGGAAUACCGUGUCAUCGAAGCCGUCAAGUCCGGCCAAGUCACAAAGCCAAUCGUGGCAUGGGCUAUUGGUACCGUCGCUGGUAUGCUCAAGACUGAAGUGCAGUUUGGACACGCUGGUUCAUUUGCCAACUCCCAGCUCGAGACGGCUGCGACCAAGAACAAGACCAUGAGGGAAGCCGGCAUCUACGUGCCAGAAACCUUUGAGGACAUGCCUGGCACGCUUGCCCAAGUAUACCAGAAGCUUGUUGCGGAUGGCACCAUCAAGCCCAAGCCCGAACCCGUUGUGCCCAAGAUCCCAAUUGAUUACUCGUGGGCCCAGGAACUUGGUCUUAUCCGCAAGCCUGCUGCCUUCAUCUCGACGAUUUCCGAUGACCGUGGUCAGGAGCUUCUGUACGCUGGCAUGCCCAUCUCUGAUGUAUUCAAAGAGGAGAUCGGUAUUGGUGGUGUCAUGUCGCUGCUUUGGUUCCGCCGCCGUCUGCCCAACUACGCCAGUCGCUUCCUCGAGAUGGUCCUCAUGCUGACUGCCGAUCACGGUCCAGCUGUGUCGGGUGCCAUGAACACGAUCAUCACCACCCGUGCCGGCAAGGAUCUCAUCAGUGCGCUCGUCUCUGGUCUCCUGACUAUUGGCUCGCGCUUUGGUGGAGCUCUUGACGGUGCUGCUGAAGAGUUCAGCAAGGCGUUUGACAAGGGUCUUAGCCCUCGUGACUUCGUCGACACCAUGCGCAAGGAGAACAAGUUGAUCCCCGGUAUCGGCCAUAGGAUCAAGUCCCGCAACAACCCCGAUCUUCGUGUCGAGCUUGUCAAAGAAUACGUCAAGAAGAACUUCCCCAGCACAAAGCUGCUCGAUUACGCUCUUGCCGUCGAGUCAGUCACAACAUCGAAGAAGGACAACCUCAUUCUCAACGUUGAUGGCUGCAUUGCGGUCUGCUUCGUGGACCUUGUCCGCAACGGCGGUGCCUUUACACCAGAAGAGGCCGAGGACUACCUCAAGAUGGGUGUUCUCAAUGGUCUCUUUGUGCUCGGCCGAAGCAUUGGUCUGAUUGCCCACUUCCUCGACCAGAAGAGGCUGAGGACUGGUCUCUACAGGCAUCCAUGGGACGACAUUACCUACCUUCUGCCCACCCUACAGGCUGGUGGUGCCGAGGGUCGUGUUGAGGUCAGCUUGUAG